AGUCGGAAGUCCACGCAGGUCAGGGCCGCCCAGGCUUGCGGGAGCUGUUAGCAGGCCCGGUACCUGGGUGCGGGCCUCUCCCGGUCGUCCCGAUGCCGAGCCCGGGCCUUCUGGUGCUCUUCGGCAGCCAGACAGGCACGGCUCAGGAUGUGUCGGAGAGGCUGGGCCGCGAGGCUCGGCGCCGGCGGCUCGACUGCCGGGUGCAGGCCCUGGACUCUUACUCAGUGGUGAAUCUGAUAAAUGAGCCCCUGGUGAUAUUUGUUUGUGCAACUACAGGCCAAGGAGAUCCCCCUGACAACAUGAAGAACUUCUGGAGGUUCAUAUUCCGGAAGAAUCUGCCACCGACCUCCCUCUGUCAGAUGGACUUUGCCGUCCUGGGCCUCGGCGACUCCUCAUACGCCAAGUUCAAUUUUGUGGCCAAGAAGCUACACCGUCGGCUGCUGCAGCUUGGGGGCCGCGCCCUCCUGCCCGUGUGCCUGGGCGAUGACCAGCAUGAGCUGGGGCCUGAUGCUGCCGUCGACCCCUGGCUGCAUGAUCUAUGGGGGAAGGUGCUGGGGCUGUACCCCGUGCCCCUUGACCUUGGCACGAUCCCCGCCGGAGUCCCUUUGCCCUCCAAGUUCACACUGCACUUCCUCCUGGCGGCCCCCAGGGUGUGCUCUGAGGGGCAGCGCGUGGCCGGCACAGACCCUCAAGGUCCCCCGUCCGAGCAGCAGCCCUUCCUGGCACCCAUGGUCACCAACCAGAGAGUCACUGGCCCCUCACAUUUCCAGGACGUUCGGCUGAUGGAGUUCGACAUCACGGGCUCCGGGCUCAGCUUUGCAGCUGGUGACGUGGUGCUGAUCCAGCCCGAGAACACGGCCAGCCACACCCAGCGGUUCUGCCAGGUGCUGGGCCUGGACCCGGACCAGACCUUCACCCUGCUGCCCCGGGAGCCAGGUGAGCGCCAGGGGCCAGGGGAGGCCCGGCCGUGGCCACCCGUUCUGCCCACCCUGUGGGGUCUGCUGGCAUGCUCGGCCCUCCCCCGGGUCCUGCCCCCCACUGCAGGUGUGCCCUGCCCUGCGCGGCUGCCCCAGCCCUGCUCCGUGAGGCACCUUGUGUCCUGCUACCUGGACAUCGCCAGCGUGCCCCGCCGUUCCUUUUUCGAGCUCCUGGCCUGUCUCUCUCCCCAUGAGCUGGAGCGGGAGAAGCUGCUGCACUUCAGUUCCCCCCAAGGUCAGGAGGAGCUGUACUCCUACUGCAGCCGGCCUCGCAGGACCAUCCUGGAGGUACUGUGCGACUUCCCGCACACGGCUGGAGCCAUCCCCGCAGACUACCUGUUGGACCUCAUCCCCCCGAUCCGUCCGCGGGCCUUCUCCAUCGCCUCCUCUCUGCUGGUUCACCCCUCGAGGCUGCAGAUUCUCGUGGCUGUGGUGCAGUACCAGACCCGCCUCAAGGAGCCCCGCCGGGGCCUCUGCUCCUCCUGGCUGGCGUCGCUGGAUCCUGGGCAAGGACCUGUCCAGGUGCCGCUGUGGGUGAGGCCUGGGGGCCUGACCUUCCCACAGACCCCAGGCACACCUGUAAUCAUGGUGGGCCCUGGCACUGGCGUGGCCCCUUUCCGAGCAGCUGUCCAGGAGCGCGUGGCCCAGGGUCAGAGCGGAAACGUUUUGUUCUUUGGCUGCCGCUUGCGCGACCAGGACUUCUACUGGGAGGCUGAGUGGAUGGAGCUGGAGGGGAGGGGCUGCCUGACACUCUUCACGGCCUUCUCCCGGGAACAGGAGCGGAAGGUGUACGUGCAGCAUCGGCUACGAGAGCUCGGGCCGCUGGUGUGGGAGCUGCUGGACCGCCAGAGUGCCUACUUCUACCUGGCAGGCAACGCCAAGUGCAUGCCAGCAGACGUGUCAGAAGCCCUGACAUCGAUCUUCCAGGAGCAGGGUGGGCUCUCGGGCCCUGAUGCAGCUACCUACCUUGCAAGGCUCCAGCGGACGCUGCGUUUCCAGAGUGAGACGUGGGCCUAAGGAGCCCACGGCAGGCCGGCAGGACGCCGGCCUCGGCCACUCUAGCCACUGCCCUCUGGGGGGCCACCAUCACCUCCCCCACUGUCCCUUGCACAGCCUCACUCCAGUCCACCUGGGGUCCCAUACUCAGCCCCGACGCCACUGCCCUCUCACCACCCCACCCUGCCCCCAUCCAGGGUUCCUGCUGGCCUUUCCCCACUGGCCCCAACUUGGGUCCUGGUCAGGGUUGUCCCUGGGCUGCAUCACCCUGUGUAGGGACGGUGCCUCAGGAAGGAGCAGGCAACCUGAUGGACAUCAGGGGCUCCCCAGACAGCAUAGGAACCUGGGGUGCAGGGAGCCCCAGUGAGACUUCUGAGCUGGUGCAGGGUCCCUGGGAGUGCCAGAUGCCACUCCCCCAUUUGCCCUAGGGGCAGCAGGCUCCCAGUCACCCUCUGCCACAAAGCACCCGGUGCUGCCUCAGGGCCUCACGGGGCUCAGGCUCAGGCUGGAAGUCAGUGAGGACCAGAGCAGUGGGAGGAGGCCCACCAGCCAGUCAGACUUUCCCCACCCCACUCCUGGAAAGCCUCAGGAAUAAAUUGUGGG